CCUGGGGGUUAGGAUGGCAUGUUCCUCCCUUUUCCUUUGUUGUUUUACCUGCAACAAUAAACUAUCAAUCAGUCACAGGUGGGAGCCGUUACAAAGGCAGCAAGUCAAGGUGUUCGUGCGUCGUCUGCAGCAGGUCAACAGUACAAGACCUCCUGGGCAGUGACUUGACCCCAGCACGGCCCGUCAAACCCAGAAGCACUCAAUGUUUUACUGCUAGAAAUUAGGAAAGCAACAAAAAUUCCAUAAUGAAGGCCCCAGAGUGACAGCCAUGACCAACCUGCACAGGCCAUUGACACAUGACCUCCUGGCCCUAUACAUAUCCAGGACCAAGAGGACACUCCACUUCAGUAUGUGGAAAUGUUAAAUGCUAACUGUGGAGGGAUAUUUCAUCGCCUUCAGCACCAGAAAAGAUGUGGUGGGGGUGGGGAGGAAGCCUGCUGAGAGGGGCGUGGUACAGUUCCCCUGUGUGUGUCAGGGGAGGAAGCCGCUUAGUGCACUGGCCUGCGCACAGUGUCAGGACCACCUUUCUCCAGUACUUUGAGAGUCUUGACCACCGCCAUGUGGACUCUAGUCCAGUGAUUCCCUGGAAUGACCGCUCUCUGACUUUUGUUAAUGCAGGAAUGAACCAGUUCAAGCCUGUGUUUCUUGGUGAGGUUGAGCGGCCAUGUGCCCGUGCCACCAGCUCCCAGAAGUGUAUACGUGUGGGAGGGAAGCACAAUGACCUGGCAGACGUGGGCACUGACACCUACCACCACACCUUCUUUGAAAUGCUCGGCAGCUGGUCAUUUGGAGACUACUUCAAGGAGGAGGCAUGCCACAUGGCCUGGAGGCUGCUCACAGAGGUGUACAGACUGCCUGCAUCCUCCCUCUAUGUCACCUACUUCAAGGGGGAUAAGGAUCUUGGACUGGAGGCUGACUUGGAGGUGAAGCACAUCUGGAGGACCAUAGGUGUUCCUGAGGAGAGAAUUCUUCCCUUUGGCAUGCAGGACAACUUUUGGGAAAUGGGAAUGUUUGGCCCAUGUGGACCCUGCACGGAGAUCCACUAUGACCGCCUGGCUCGGCCCUAUGCUGGGGACCGUGUCAACCUUGGGGUGGAGGACCUGAUAGAGCUAUGGAAUGUUGUGUUCAUCCAGUUUGAGAGGCAUCAAGAUGGCCGCCUGAGUAGCUUGGGGACCCACUAUGUUGACACUGGCAUGGGCCUGGAGAGGAUCACAGCUGUACUCAACAACAAGUCCUCAAAUUAUGACACAGAUCUCUUUAUGCCAAUAUUCUCUGCCAUCGAAAAGCUGAGUGGGAAGCCAGCAUACUCAGGCAGCUUCAGUGCUGACAAUCAGUGCCUUGACACAAUGUACCGGGUGCUGGCAGACCACGCCCGGAUGGUGACCGUGUGCCUUGGCGACGGGAUGUUCCCUCAGGAAUGCUACAAUCUCAACCAUAUCAUCAAGCGCUGCCUCUCCAUCGGACACAAGCACUUUGGCUUCACAAGGGGGCAAGGUGGCUUGAGGGAGUUGGCUGGGGUGGUGGCUGGGACUCUGGGGGAGGCGUACCCUGAGGUGGUGAGGCAACUGCCUCGCAUCACCACCAUCCUGGAGCAUGAGGAGCAGGCCUUCUAUGACACCCAGAAAGAUGUAUCCAGAGGUUGGAAAGAGUUGGUGUCUGAAAGACCUGAAUUAGCAAAUAUUACUUGUUACCAUGUACCAAGGAUUGUAGAAGGCAUCGAGGACAUGCUGCCACACGUUCAGGAAUGGAGGGACCAAGGCAACAUUCUUCCUGGGGCUGCUGCACACAAGCUGUAUGCUACUUAUGGCUUCAGCACUGGGCUCAUCCAUGAACUUGCUCAAGUGAAUGGCCUUGUGGUGGAUGUGGAUGGGCUUGAGGCAGCAAUGGACAAGGCCAGGCAAAAGGCAAGGGAAGGACAGAUCAAAGCACACUAUGGGAUGGAAGAAAACAAGGAGAAAAGCCUACUGGAGGAGCUGCAGGCAUCAGAUUUGCCACUAACUGAUGACAAUGCAAAGUAUAGGUACUACACCAAUGCUCUGGGAGAGUAUGAAUUCCCUCCUGUUGAAACAAACGUUUUAGCAUUAAUUGUUAAUGGCAGCAGAGUGGAAAAGACUGAAGCCAGAGGAACCAUUGGGAUAAUUUUAGAGGCCACAAACUUUUACCAUGAGGCUGGAGGGCAGGAGGAGGACACUGGGAGGCUGGAGACAAGUGGUGGAGCUAAGGUGAAGGUGAACUCUGUGAGCAACAUUGGUGGCUACCUUGUCCACUGGGGUACCCUGGAGCAUGGCGAGGGGGUGGCCACAGGGGACAGGGUGGUGGCCAGGAUAUGUGAAGAGAAACGGCUUGGCUGUAUGAGGAACCACACUGCCACACACCUGCUCAACAGUGUUGUCAAGGCAAUCACAGGCGUGUCCUGCCAAACCUCAUCCAAGGUGACCCCUGAGUACCUCCUCCUGCAGUUGCACACCUACCAGGCCCUUGGUCUUGCUGCACUUGGCCAGGCACAGCACUUGGUCAAGAGCUGGGUAGCCCAGGGACGGCCCAUUCAGCGGCGCACCAUCAGCUUCCAAGAGCUGCUGCAUCAGGGCAACAUCACGCUGGUGCCUGGAGAAGUGUACCCUAACACAGUGCACGUCAUCUCUGCUGUGGGGGAGGAGGGUGGCCAGCAGGAAGGGGCAGCAGCAUCCCUAGCAUCAAUGGAGCCUUGCUGUGGCACACACCUCCUCAACACAGCACACAUUGGCAGCUUUGUUAUUGAAAGUGUGAGCAAGGCCGGUCAGAGCAACACCCGGAUUCGUGGGCUGUCUGGUGAAAAGGCAGUGAGGGCCGAGGCCAGUGGUGCUGCAGCCCUCCAGAGCCUGAGAGAGUGGACUGACCUGGUGAAUGAUGCUGUCAACUCUGGAGCAAAGCAAAGAUUGCUAGAUUUGGAAAAGGACAUAACUGAGUGGCAUGGCAGCUUAUGCGAACAAGUGUUGCCACACCUAGUCCGCUGCAGCAUCACUGAGGCAGUGGAGGAGCUCGGCAGAACACUUAAGAAGUCCAUCAGAGUGGAUGCCAACAUAGAGAUGGUCAAUGAGGUGAAGGAGAUCCUGAAUAAGCAACCAGUUGGGCCCAUUGCUCUUCUUGUGAAGACAGACUUUGGGACAAGCAAGCCCAAGCUGCGCCAAGCCACCAAGGUUGCCAGGGAGCGGCCAAUACUCCUGCUGGUGAAGUCCAACGGGAUUGUUAUGGGACGAUGCACACUGCCUGAGGAACUUGUCGAACAAGGUGCAUCAGCACAGGAGUGGUUGGGCUGCGUGCAGGAAUCUCUGGGAGGCAGCAUGGAGACACCUCCUGACAAGAGUCCUAAGCUGGUGGCCAACCUCAGGAGUCCUCCUCUGAAGCCACCCCACCUACAGGAAAGGCUUCAGAAGGCCCUCGAGGCUUCCAGCAGAUACAUUAAGAAGUUUGAAUAGAGGGGAGGUGUCUUGUUGAUUUUUGUACAGUGUUAUUGUAAUUUAAUAAAUCUGCAUAUAUUUUC